UUGUUCGAAAGUAUUAUCGUAAACGAAACAAAGCCUUCUUGGAAUCUUUUGUGAAAAAUAUAAACACUUCCAAGAAAAAGUGGGUGGAUAAAUAUUUAGUAUAGGAAAUGAAAUUUUUGAAAAAUAGGUUCUUCUUUAAGCCUGGUUUCCAUAUAAUCGAAAGCGAUCGAGACCGAUCAAAAAAAAAAUUUUUUUUCGAUCGUCUGAGAUCAUAUGGAAUUAAAGUUUUUCAAUCGUACGAUCGUUUUCGAUCAUGCAUUUUGGAUCACGAUCGUAAUCGAUCGAAAAAUUAGAACCGGGUUCUAAUUUUGCGAUCCGUCUCGAUCCGUACGAUCGAAAUGUGUACCAUAAUAUAUGAUUUUUUCGAAGAUGCAAUGCUUUCUAAACUGUAAUGUCACAGCAACUGUUUGCUUGUUUACAAACUCUCAGGUGGCGUUUGAAGUAAAAACUAGUAGCUGAAUAUUUCGCUAUUCUGCCGACUCGAGCCGACAAACAAUCCUGAACGUUCGAAGAGCGAUUGGACGCUUCUURAAACGAAGGAAAAAUAUUCUAUCUGCAGGUCCUGGCAGGGAUGCUGUACCUAGGGAAUGCGAAAGUCGAGUCUGGCUCUCUGUAUACAUCAAACAUCGAGAGACCAGCUCUAAUUUGAAACUUUGACCUUUUUCGGUCAUAUGGAAACGGUCGUUUAACGAUCGUUUGCGAUCGUACGCUCUAGUGAGCUCCACGAUCCUGCGAUCGUUUUCGAUCGUUUACGUUCGUUUUCGAUUAUAUGGAAACCAGGCUUUAACGAACGCCUUCCAUUAUGGCUAGUGGCUUAACUUUAGGAGACAUACUAUGAUUAGGAUAUUGCAGGUAUGGCCAGUGCUCCAGCAGAUCCAAGUGAGAUAUUGCGAUCUUCAACAGAGAAGAAUAAUUACACGAGACUAACAAGACUCUUGAUAGAAGGAGGAACGGUUAUCUUAAGAGAAUUAUUGGACAUCAUAAUCCCUCCCCACCAUUUUGCACAUGUAUUGAUGUUCCCAAUAGUACUCGGAAGAUUGGAAUUGCUGAGAGAUAGGCAUAUAAUAACUUCUGAGCAGUGGAAAUCUCUUUUCCCAACCGACACUUCUUGCGGAAAAUCUACUGAUUUUGAUAUAACUUUGUUAUUCAAACUGCUGAGAGAAUUCUGUAGCUUGACUUCACCACCUAAUGGAUGGGACAAGCUUCCUGACGACACAGAUUUGGCUUUACCAGCCGAUCUAGCGAGGAUCAAGUAUUAUCGGAACGCUGUUUACGCUCAUAGAGUCAAAACAGAGCUGGAUGACAAUUGGGAAACUGCGAUUAAAAAGCUCCUGAAAGAUCCUCUAGACAUCCAGAAAAGCCAUGAAGAGAACGAGAAGUUAAAGAUUUGGUGCAUUGAUGAUCCUGGUGUUCCGCAAACGCUUCCAGAUUUAAGAGAUGAGAAUGCGAAAUUGAAAAAUCAAGAAACUCGGUUGGAGUCUUCUUUAGGUUAGUAUUCAACAAAUUACUAUCAAACGUAUUCAUUUACAGUAACCUUGUCAGUAAUGGGACAUUUUACAGCACAUUAACGUCACGAGUGACCAGUAAUUCUGGAAAUUCAAAUGUAGCUUUCAAGACUUCAUGUUUUAAGGAGGCUGGAAAGUGUUUUGUGCCUUCACAUUAUGAACUAAAAAAAAUUAUUACAUGG